CAAGUUUGUUUAAUGUUGUUACUUGCAGGACAAUGGAGGAAAUAUGCAGAGUUUGCAUGGGAACGACUGGAGCAUUCACAAACAUUUUUGAUGAGACACAAGAAUGGGACACCUGCAUUGCUGAUAUGAUAUCGGAGUGCACAGGAUACAUGGUUAGGCGAGGGGAUUCACUACCAGAAAACAUAUGUCCGCCCUGCCUGGAGGAUGCAGUGAGUGCAUUCAAUCUGAAGAAAUCCUGCGAGCAGAGCCACAAACUCUAUUUCGCACGAAUGGAGGAGGAUAAAGAAGAAGAAAUCUGUGAUAAUGUGGAAGACGAUGAUUGGGUACCGUCGGAUAGUGAAAGACAAUGGACCAAAUAUGCAGAGUUUGCAUGGACACGUCUGGAGCAUUCACAAACAUUUUUGAUGAGACACAAGAAUGGGACACCAGCAUUGCUGACAUGAUAUCGGAGUGCACAGGAUAUGUGGUUAGGCGAGGGGAUUCACUACCAGAAAACAUAUGUCCGCCCUGCCUGGAGGAUGCAGUGAGUGCAUUCAAUCUGAAGAAAUCCUGCGAGCA